GGUGCGGGCAGUGCGUGAGGAGAGAGCGUGGGGAGAACCGGAGGGGGAGGCUCCGGGCCUGCAGGAUGCCCGCAGCCCUGCGGAGCUGCCGCUGUGCCCGGUGAUGAGCGGCCCGGCCCGGCUGCUGGCCGGCGGAGGGCUCAGGAUGCUGCCCCAGCCCUGGCGCCUCUUGUCCCGGGCUGCGGAGGACGCGGCGCUGCAGAGGAUCCGGAAGGUGCUGUGCGUGGCCGAGAAGAACGAUGCUGCCCGGGGGAUCGCGGAGCUGCUCUCCAACAGCAGGAUGCGGAGGCGAGAAGGGUUCUCCAAGUUCAACAAGAUCUAUGAAUACGACUACCAGAUGUUUGGCCAGACCGUUACUAUGGUGAUGACAUCUGUGUCAGGACAUUUACUGGCUCAUGACUUCAAGAUGCCCUUUCGCAAAUGGCAUAGCUGCAACCCUCUAGCUCUUUUUGAUGCUGAAAUUGAGAAGUAUUGCCCUGAAAACUACAUAGAUAUCAAGAGAACUCUUGAACGAGAAAUCCAGCAGUGCCAAGCUCUGGUGAUCUGGACUGACUGUGACCGAGAAGGAGAGAACAUUGGCUUUGAGAUCAUUCACGUUUGCAAAGCUGUAAAGCCAAACCUGUGUGUGUUCCGAGCCCGUUUCUCAGAGAUCACGCUCCAUGCUGUCAGAACAGCCUGCGAGAACCUCACCCAACCUGACCAAAAAACAAGUGAUGCCGUCGAUGUCAGGCAGGAGCUGGACCUCAGGAUAGGUGCUGCCUUCACCAGAUUCCAGACACUGAGGCUGCGGAAGAUCUUCCCAGAUAUCUUAGCAGAUCAGCUGAUCAGCUAUGGUAGCUGCCAGUUCCCAACACUGGGCUUUGUAGUUGAACGCUUUAAAGCCAUCCAGGCCUUCGUUCCUGAAGCCUUCUAUAAAAUAAAAGUGACACAUGAUCAUGAAGAUGGCAGUGUGGUCUUCAACUGGAAGAGGAACCGGCUCUUCAAUCACACAGCAUGCCUGGUCCUUUACCAGAUGUGUAUGGAGGAUCCAGUAGCAACUGUUGUCGAGGUUGGGAGCAAGCCCAAGAGCAGAUGGAGGCCCCUACCCCUGGACACCGUGGAACUUGAGAAGUUGGCUUCCCGCAAACUAAGGAUAAAUGCAAAGGAAACCAUGAGGAUAUCAGAAAAACUCUAUACUCAAGGGUUCAUUAGCUACCCCCGAACCGAGACCAACAUUUUCCCCAAGGAGCUGGACCUCUCUGCCUUAGUACGACAGCAAACACAGGACCCAAACUGGGGAGCAUUUGCACAGAGGAUUUUGGAUCAGGGUGGGCCAACCCCUCGGAGUGGAAACAAAUCAGAUCAGGCUCACCCUCCCAUUCACCCCACCAAAUACACUGCUAACCUGCAGGGCAACGAGCAGAGGCUGUACGAGUUCAUUGUGCGCCAUUUCUUGGCUUGCUGCUCUCAAGAUGCCAAGGGCCAGGAAACCACUGUGGAGAUUGACAUUGCCCAUGAGCGAUUCGUUGCUCAAGGACUGAUGAUCCUGGCCCGAAAUUACCUGGAAGUCUAUCCUUAUGACAAGUGGAGUGAUAAGGUUAUCCCAGUGUAUCAGAAAGGGUCUCGCUUUCAGCCCACUACAGUGGAGAUGGUGGAUGGGGAAACCAGCCCUCCAUUGCUCCUCACAGAAGCGGAUCUCAUUGCUCUCAUGGAGAAACAUGGCAUUGGGACUGACGCCACUCACGCCGAGCACAUCGAGACGAUAAAGUCACGGAUGUACGUGGGCCUCACAGACGAUCAGCGGUUCCUCCCAGGCCACCUGGGCAUGGGGCUGGUGGAAGGCUACGAUUCCAUGGGCUAUGAGAUGUCCAAGCCUGACCUUCGAGCUGAGCUGGAGGCUGAUCUGAAACUCAUCUGUGAGGGAAAGAAAGACAAAUCUGUGGUGUUGCAGCAGCAGGUCCAAAAGUACAAGCAAGUCUUCAUCGAAGCUGUGGCCAGAGCCAACAAGUUGGACCAGGCCCUGGCUCAGUACUUUGGAGAAGCCAGAGGAAGUGCAGAGCAGGAGGAGGUCUAUCCAGCAACACCUCUUCCUGUUCGGAAGUGUCCACAGUGCAACAACGACAUGGUGCUGAAGACCAAGAAGAAUGGCGGGUUCUAUCUCAGCUGCAUGGGCUAUCCAGCUUGUAAAACUGCAGUCUGGUUUCCUGAUUUCGUGCUGGACGUGACCAGGGAUGAGAGCAUCUGUGCUGUGUGUAAACCACAUCCAGUUCACAGACUGAAGUUUAAAUUCAAAAGAGGCAGUGUUCCACCCGUGAUGCCCCUGGAGUUUGUUGGUUGCAUUGGAGGCUGUGAUGACAUGCUCAAAGAGCUCUUGGACCUCAAGUACUUACACAGAUCAUCCCAACCUGCAUCAUCAGCCAGCCAGGAAACCAACCACUCUCAGGUCAACAACUCCUUUAACAGAGCUAGUGGUGAAAACAGGCACAUGAGGGGGACCACAAACCUGGCUCCAAGACAUCUGUUCCCUGUGAACUCAACGAGAACACCCAGACCUGCUCUUUCAGCUGCUCCAAACGAUGGGAACAACGCAGUGGUGUGCAACUGUGGGAAUGAAGCCCUGCUGCUCACUGUGCGCAAAGAGGGGCCCAACCAAGGCAGGCAGUUCUACAAGUGCAGCACCAGCACCUGCAGCUUCUUUCUCUGGGCUAAUCAGCAGCCAGAGGACAGAAACAACACGGUUCCAUGGGGCUCUGCAUUGCCCCAGCCCUCUGCAGGAAGGGGCCCAGCAGGAUUUCAGCGCCCAGGAGGAGGAGGAGGGAGAGGCCCAGAGCUCUUUGGAAGCAGUAACUAUGAUUCAGGAGGCAGCACAGUGUGCAAUUGUGACCAACCAGCUGUCACACGCACUGUCCAAAAGGAUGGGCCCAACAAAGGGAGGCAGUUCCACACGUGCUCCAAACCCCGGGAGCAGCAGUGUGGCUUCUUCCAGUGGGCAGAUGAGAACACAGCUCCAGGGCCUUCUGGAGAUGUCUCUGGGAACCAUUUUGGCAGCAGUGGGUUCUCAAGAGGGUUGGGAAGCAAAGCCAAGAGACCAGGCACCUUCUUGUCAGGAGCCACUGCCAAGAAACCACGGACCUGCAGCAUUUGCCACCAGCCUGGCCACACUAGGAAAACCUGCCCUCAGAACCACUGAGCCUGGUUGAACAUCCCAUGAGAGCCUGAAAGGUCCAAGGUGGUGAGGAAGUGACACAGGAGCAGCUGCUGUGGAAGGAACUGGAGCCUGGAACCAAGCCUGUUGAGUGUGUUCUGGCUGCAGGCUGCUCCUGCACAUGCAUUAUGUGCCUGAGCUCAGAAAGGUGGCUCCACUACUGGAGUCAGCCUUUGGUUUGAGCUGCUCUCCUCCUGAGCAGCUUGGGAUAGGCUGGAAACUGCCUCUGCAGAGAAACCAACACUGGAUUGAAUCCACCCACAGCGCCUGCUAUACUGGCAGCUGUAUCCAGCCUCCCUGUACAAGGAAAAGCUGGAUUGUCACUAGGAGAGGCACCAGGGCCACAUAGCUCUCAGUCCCUGCCUUUCCACAGUGUGGAAAUGUCUUUAAGUCCCCUCUAAGUUGAUGUUCCCUGAAGAACAUUCCCCCUUGUUGUCCCAGCACUGCACCCCUUACCUUGGUUGUCCCCACAGGGAAGAAGAGCCAGGUUCAGAGGAGCUGGAUGGGCUGCUUGCCCUGGAAGGGAAGCUCAGCUGCAGUGCUCAGCAAGAGCCUUCAUUUCAAACAGCUGCUGAAUAUGAAACCCAAGUUCUUCCCCAAGCCUCAGCCAUGCCUCUGGGAUGCUGCUAGCUAAUGGGAGUUAUUUUUAUCUAGCUAAUAAGUUUCUUAUUAAAAUUUAUUUAAUUC